GUUGUUUUCAGUGGUCACACAGCAGUAAAACUGGAUAUCAUGUCAAGGCGCUUCAUGGAGUUUUUGCUCUUCAUAUUGACUCCGUUGGCAGAAUCCUGCUCGGGCAAGAAUGAGCAUCGCAGUGACGCCGACCCAGACCUUUGGCCCGCUGAAAAACCUGCUUGUGAACACCGUUCAGGAUGUUCAGCUACAAAAGAGCACUGCGAAGGUGGAUGGACCUACUUCAAAAAGACUGGUGCCUGCUAUAAGAAUUUCUUUUGGGAAAACUUUGAUAACGCUGAAAAAGUCUGCAAAAAGAAUGAAGGACAUUUGGUCUCUAUCCACAGCCGCGAGGAAAAUGAUCUAAUAGCCUCGUUGGCAAAAACUGGUAUACAGUGGAGUGAAUGGACGCAGCUGACUUGGAUAGGCUUAAGAAAAUCCCCAGGAAGUGAUGAUUGGAGUUGGACUGACGACACGGACGUUGACUAUCUAGCAUGGGCUCCGAAUGAACCAAGUAACACUGAAGGAAAGGAACACUGUGUGGAGCUGUUCAGUGACGACUACCACAUCCCUAAUCCUAUGACACCAUUUGGAAGUUGGAAUGACUUAGACUGCAGUGAGAAGAUGAGGUCGUUUGUGUGCAAAAAGAAGGCGUUGCAUUAAACACUACUUGCUUCCAAAUUUUAGUGUUCAAUCGAUUUCUGAUGACAAUUGAC